GUGACGACUCGGCAUCCGACCUCAACGCCAAGCCUUGCAAGGAUGGUGAAAGAGGCUCCAAAUCAUGUGUUGCCAUCCAAUGCUCCACCCAAGAAGAAGCAUCUCGACAACCCAUCCCGACUUACCCAUCCGUCCACCCUCCUUAUACAAACCAUGGCUUCGCCGACAACAAUCGCACCGCCGGGUACCACUCAUAUAAUCAAACCUGCAGAGGUAGCUACUGGUUCCCCCCCGGUGCCUCCCGCGUUCUAGGGUAUGGGAAAGAGCUAAAUGGGAUAAUAGGAGUUCGUCCGCGAAUCCGCAAAACGCACACGCGAAGUAUUUGCCUCCGAUUUUGGGAACCCGUUCUUGCUAGAUGAUGACACUGCGUACCUCUCCCCUAUUUCCACGCUUCCUAUCUACCCAUAUCGGCUUGCGCUAACGUCAGAUAGCCGCAAACAAUCUAUAAGCUGCAAAAUCCGCCUCGAAUACGCAACAGUGCGUGAACUCCCGCCUGCGCUCGCUGCAAAGCAGGUCGCAGCGAAGAAGAAGAAGCGCAUUGGUGGUGGUGCUGCCCCGGUAGUUUCGAAACCGCUGUUGACGGAGGCAGAUGGUGUGGAUGGGAGCACUAUGAAGAUGAUCGAGGGGGUGACUGCUAAAGCUGGAAGCACGUCGAUGUCGACGUCGUUAACGAUACGGGGGCGUGCGCCACCGACCGGCAGUGGUGCGGGGGCUGGAGGUGGAGCGGGGGCAGGGACGGCGCAGAAGGAGUUACCGGGCAGUAGUCUGGCCCGUAAGAACGCCGCGGCCCAGCAGAUCAAGCCGAUGUGGCACCCACCUUGGAAGCUCAUGCGUGUAAUUUCUGGGCAUCUAGGCUGGGUCCGGGCGCUCGCCGUGGAGCCGGGGAACCAAUGGUUCUGCACGGGCGCUGGCGACCGCACCGUAAAAAUCUGGGACCUGGCCUCCGGUAACCUCCGCCUGACGCUGACAGGGCACAUCUCCACCGUGCGGGGACUAGCAGUGUCCCCGCGCCAUCCAUACCUCUUCUCCUGCGGCGAGGAUAAAAUGGUGAAAUGCUGGGAUCUCGAAAGCAACCGCGUGAUCCGCCACUACCAUGGCCACCUCUCUGGCGUCUACUCUCUCGCGCUCCACCCAACGCUCGACGUGCUCAUCACGUCAGGUAGAGACGGCGUAGCUAGAGUCUGGGAUAUGCGCACGCGGACAAACGUCAUGGUCCUGUCCGGCCACCAGGGCACUGUAUCAUCCGUCGUUGCGCAGGAGGCGGACCCUCAGGUCAUUACCGGGUCUAUGGACUCCACUGUGCGCCUUUGGGACUUGGCCGCGGGAAAGAGCAUGGCUGUUCUUACCCACCACAAGAAGAGUGUCAGAGCUCUCGCUACGCAUCCAAAGGAGUUCACAUUCGUUAGUGGGUCCGCGGGAAGCAUCAAGCAGUGGAAGUGUCCAGAAGGAGCGUUCAUGCAGAAUUUUGAGGGGUUCGGGGGGAUCGUUAAUACCCUUAGUGUUAAUGAGGAUGAUGUUUUGUUUUCGGGAGGUUUGUGCUCUUUCUUCUGCGUUUUUUUCUGGGGGAGGGGGGAGUUGGAGGAGCUAAUUUGGGAUUCUCGCUAGCGGAUAACGGAGAAAUGUGCUUCUUCGAUUGGAAGUCUGGGCAUAGAUUUCAGAAGAUUGACACGAUUGCUCAGCCCGGAUCUCUGGAUGCUGAGCAGGGUGUUUUCUGCAGCACUUUUGACAGGACCGGGCUAAGGCUGAUCACUGGGGAGGCGGAUAAAACUAGUAUGUCACCCCUUCUUCUACUUCUUUCAUCUUUUUUUGGGGGGGGGGUUAUCGCAGAGCUGAUGAGUGGGGUUUGGUGAUUGUAGUCAAGGUCUGGAAACAAGACGAGGACGCUACGGAGGAAACACACCCUCUCGAUUGGAAGCCGACUUUGCAAAGGAUGAGAUAUUAAACUUGGGUUUCAUGCUUUAUGAAGUGUAUAAUUCACUUUAUUUUUUUCUUUCCCACCAUGUACAAUAGCCAUUUUCCUAUCAUUCGUCUGGGAAAAAUUUCCUGGCCAUACCUUGCAUACUAAUUCGAGAUGUUGUGUGUGAGCAUGGGAGUGUUUGCUUGCACGUUUAGACGUAUUGUCACAGUUGCGGGAUCAUGCGUUUGUAAUACUAGGUGAUGGUUAUGACCUCUCCAGAACAGGAUAAGAAGGAAACCCCC